UAGGGUGGGGUUUGCGUGUUGGACGCCGAGUAAACUCUUCUUAGGUUAGUCUAGCUGGUGCUAGCAGGUGGGAUGAGCGUGGUAGUGGCUGAACCAUGUGGAUUUAUCGACGAUUUCUGUAAUUAUUCGAGAAGUGGACUAUAGCAGCAAAAUCGCAGCCUGACAUGGGCGGUGUGCAGUCAAUAUGUUUAACCCUUAAUUUGGACGUUGUUUAGAUGUCUAACUGGCGAUCCAAUUGCCAUUAUAAUAGAUACAAAAUUCAAGUGGCAUUUAGGUUUGUCUUUACCGAAACAACAAUUUUAGUGUUUUAUUGAAUGACACUGACUGACCAAAAGUACAGCGCGAAUUUCGCAACUUUUUCAUUCAGGAACAUUUUUUGACUGUUGUUUAUUAUGGCUUUUGCUAAAUUCAGCAAAAUACUUCGGCUCUCCGCUCUGGACAUCAAAAAGAAAGUCAAACAAUAUGAACACGUUCAUCGGGACCUAAACCCAAACGAUAUAUGGGAAAUUAUCGGGGAACUGGGCGAUGGAGCUUUUGGCAAAGUUUACAAGGCAAAAAACAAAGAGACGGGAGUCCUGGCGGCUGCCAAGGUGAUCGAGACCAAGAGCGAGGAGGAGCUGGAGGACUACAUGGUGGAGAUCGACAUCCUGGCAUCCUGUAAUCACCAUUACAUCGUCAAACUGCUGGACGCCUUCUAUUAUGACAAUAAGCUUUGGAUCAUGAUCGAGUUCUGUCCUGGGGGAGCUGUCGACGCGGUGAUGUUGGAGCUGGACCGGGGUCUGUUGGAGCCCCAGAUCCAGGUGAUCUGUCGGCAGAUGCUGGAGGCCCUGGUUUACCUGCACGGCAUGAAGAUCAUCCACCGAGACCUGAAGGCUGGGAACAUCCUCUUCACUCUGGAGGGAGACAUCAAACUGGCGGAUUUCGGGGUGUCAGCGAAGAACACGAAAACCUUGCAGAGACGAGACUCUUUCAUAGGAACGCCGUACUGGAUGGCCCCGGAGGUGGUGAUGUGUGAGACCAUGAAAGACGCUCCAUACGACUACAAGGCGGACAUCUGGUCGCUGGGCAUCACGCUGAUCGAGCUGGCCCAGAUCGAGCCCCCGCACCACGAACUCAACCCCAUGAGGGUCCUGCUGAAGAUCGCCAAGUCUGAGCCCCCCACUCUGGAACAGCCAGGAAAGUGGUCACGGGGGUUUAAGGAUUUUCUGAAAACGUGUCUGGAUAAGAAUCCGGAGAGCCGGCCAAACGCUGCACAGCUUCUGGAGCACCCCUUUGUGUGCUCGCUGAGCACCAAUCGGCCUCUGCGAGAGCUGGUUGCCGAGGCGAAGGCUGAGGUCAUGGAGGAAAUCGAGGACAAUAGAGAGGAAGGAGAGGAGGACGACGCAGCCGAGCUCACAUCUGCCCUGGGCAAAGAUCCCUCUGAAACCAGUCAGACCAGUUUGGAAGGGGACCAUGCAGUCGACAUUCCUGCUCAACCCUCCCUGGAGGAUGCAAAGCCUUUGGAGGAGGUGGUCCCCCAUAAAGACCAGUCUGACAACCUGGCCCGGGACAAGCUGUUGGACGAGGACAUCGGGAUCGGAGACCCCGACAAGCCCGAGAGCGAGACGUCGGUCAAGACCUCCAGCUCCGACUCCGGGAUCGAGGAUGGGAAGAGCACGCCCACCUCGGAGGAGGGCAAGCCCGCGGCCACGCCCGAGACAGAGGUCCCACCCCCUCUGGCGCCCGCCCUGGGCCCCGACCCGGCCCCAGAGAAGCCGGACGUGGAGGGCGAGGGUGAGGGCGAGGACAGCCCGGUGGAGGAGAUAACGGGGGCCUUGCCGCACCUCGGGCUGAACGGGAACCUGAAGAAGUCACCCGAGUUGGAGGAGCACCCGCCAAUGCCGUGGGAGGGACCGGAACGGCUGGAGAGCCUGGAGAGCCUCCUGCCCCGGCCCAAGAGGAAGGUGUCCCAGCGGUACUCUGACACGGGAAGCACGUCCGACAGCCUCAACCUGUCCGGAGACAUGUCCACCAGAGAGAUGGGCUCCAUUUCCGUCAGGCAGGAUUCCCGCUUCUCCAACAAGACUCUGAAACGGACCAGGAAGUUCGUCGUGGACGGCGUGGAGGUCAGCGUGACCACGUCCAAGAUCAUCGGCGAUGACGAGAAAAAGGACGAGGAGAUGAGGUUCCUCAGGCGGCAGGAGCUGAGGGACCUUCGUUUGCUUCAGAAGGAGGAGCAUCGCGCCCAGGCUCUGCUCAACGCCAAGCUGGACGUGCAGAAGGACCAAAUGCAGCGCCGCUUUGACCAGGACAUGAACGCGAAGAAGAAGUACUACGACACGGAGCUGGAGAACCUGGAGAAGCACCAGAAGCAGACCAUCGAGAAGAUGGAGACGGACCACGCCGUGCACCUGCGCGACGAGACCAAGCGCAUCCGCUCCGAGCAGGAGAAGGAGCACACCCGCUUCCAGGAGCAGCUCAAGAACAGGAAGAAGGAGGUUAAACGCGAGGUUGAGAAAAUGCCAAGAAGUCAAAGAAAGGAAAGCCUGAAGCAGCGAAUGGGCUCGUUUCAGCAGAUGAAACAGACGGAGGAGCAGAAGUUCCUCGCCGCCCAGAAGGAGAAGCUGGACAGCCUGCUGAAGAAGAUCACCUCCGAAAACAAGCGGGAGAUCUCCGAGACGGAGCGCCAGUGCCUGGAGAAGAAGCAGCACCUCAUCCGCGAAAGGGAAGCUGCAAUCUGGGACAUGGAGGAGCAUAACCUCCAUGAGAGGCACCAGCUGUUGAAACAGCAGCUGAAAGACCAGUACUUCCUCCAGAGGCACCAGCUGCUGAAGAAGCACGAGAAGGAGCAGGAGCAGAUGCAGUGCUAUAACCAGCGCAUGGUGGAGCUGCUGAAGGUGCGGCAGCAGCAGGAGAAGGGCAGGCUGCCCAAGAUCCAGCGGAGCGAGGGGAAGACCCGCAUGGUCAUGUUCAAGAAGAGCCUGCGCAUCAACUCCACCGGCAGCGCUUCAGAGGACCGCGAGAAGAUCAAACAGUUCAGCCAGCAGGAGGAGAAGAGGCAGAAGGCGGAACGUCUGCACCAGCAGCAUAAACACGACAACCAGAUGAGGGAGAUGGUGGGGCAGUGCGACAGCAACGUCAGAGAGCUGCAGCAGCUGCAGAAUGAGAAGUGCCACCUCCUGAUUGAGAAUGAGACCCAGCGGCUGAAGUCUCUGGAUGAGAUGCACAGCCAGCAGCUGAGGGAGUGGAGGGAGCUGCUGAAACCCAGGAAAAAGACCCUGGAGGAGGAGCUGAACCAGAAGAAGAGGGAGCAGGAGGUGUUCUUCAAGAUGAGCGAGGAGUCCGAGUGUCUGAACCCCAGCUCGCCCAACAAGCUCACCAAAUUCCUGCCCUACACCGACUCAUCCACCACGUAAAUCCCGGCAUCCCCAGCAGAGCACCUCAGGACCGAUCGCGGUCCACCCCCCCUUCCCUCCCCCCCUUCGGGAAUCCACAUUGCAACCUCAUUAGGUGUGGGGGAGGAACUAACCAAUGUAGUACCU